GACCCCUCAUGCAAGGUAACCUGGUGAAACAAUAUCUGCAGGAUCCUGGUCUUUAGGCACGUCACCGCACCUGAUACAGGUGCAAUACUCUACGAGUACUUGAACAUUUAAGUGAUUGAAACAAUUUCCGUGAAGAAAAGGACCAGAAAUUUUUAUUACUACAAUUACUGUACCAUACAAUACCACCAGCCAGCCAGAUUUGAGUACCAACAGUAGUACAGGUGAAGGCAAACGAGGGCAGAAGCGAUCAAGCUUUCGGACCACAAAAGUGCUGUAAGACAUCCCGUGUCUUAUCGGGAAAUGCUAGCUAUCACAGCCAACCACCAAACUUAGGUUCAACAAAGCCAUGAUUGGCUCAGGAAGGCAAUCGCGACCUCGUCGUGCUUCUUAUCUCUCCUUCCUUCUCAAUAAACCCUCAUCAUGUUUCCAAGUUCGGAUUCCUCACACAUCUCUACAGGAUGCCAGAUGAGGAAGCAAACGAGCGUUCGCGUCUCCUUCACACUCACAAUGCCGACAGAAAUCGAGUCGAUGACCAUGGUGCAGAAGCUAUAGAAAAUGCAUAUCCCAUCAUUUCAUCGCAUCUGUCGAAAAACGAGCAACUUCUUGGUGAUUCCGCAAUUGGUGAAAGACUUCCUUACAACGAUUAUACUACGAUUGAUUGGCUUCAUGAUCUGGUCAGGAUGCUUAUCGCCCACUUCAUGGGGAAAGCUAGUGCUGAUUUGAUGCACAGAUCAAAGAUUCCUACCGGUUUAGAGCUUUGAGGAUGAAGAAAGGUCUGAAUUAUCGUGUUCUGGUUGCUUGGGACUCAUGCCAAGGAUGGAUAGCAGCUGCACUGAUUGGAAUGAUCACCGCAUCAGUUGCGUUUCUGGUUGGUGAGUCUCAGUUUCUACUCUUCAGUGCUUCCUCAGGAUAAGGAAGUUAACAUCACUGCAAAGAUGUCACCGAAGCUACACUCAGUGACUUUAAGCUCGGAUACUGUUCCUCUAAAGCGUUCAGUACGAAGGAAGCAUGUUGCAUAGGAGGUUCCGAGGGAGAAUGUGAAAAUUGGAUAUGGUGGUCCGAAUCCUACUGGACCAAGUUCGCUUUAUACGUUACCCUCGCUUUUCUAUAUGGAAUAAUAGCCGGUGGGGUGACGAUGACCACAAAGGCAAAUCUUCCCGCUGCCAUACACGAUAGUUCAGACGAGCACCAAGAACCUUCCAGGAAGCAAAAGCCAGUAGGCAAGUCAAUGUACAUGGCAGCUGGGAGUGGUAUACCAGAAAUCAAGACCAUACUUUCGGGAUUCGUCAUUCCUCAUUUUCUCGACUUCAAAGUCCUCUUUGUCAAAGCGGUCGGUUCAACAUUCGCUGUUGCAACAGGUAUGUGUCUGGGAAAGGAAGGCCCAUUCGUACACAUUUCUACUUGUGUUGGAUACUUGGUUUCCAGUCUGUUUCCUAAGUAUCGAGAUAAUGGGCGGAAAAUGCGCGAAAUGUUGAGUGUAGCUUGUAGUUCUGGGUUAAGUGUUGCAUUUGGCGCUCCAAUUGGUGGUGUACUGUUUUCUUACGAGGUGAGCUGUUGCAGUAUGAUAUCAACUUAUGAACAUCAAACUGAUCAAGCUUAAGGAAAUCAGCACAUACUUUCCACGAAAAGUCCUUUGGAGAGCAUUUCUGUGCUCCCUGAUCGCAGCAGUGGUCUUAAAGGCACUGAACCCAACUGGGACGGGAAAAUUAGUACUUUUCCAAACCAACUACGGUGACAGCUAUGAGCCACUCCACUAUCUUGUUUUCGUCUUUCUGGGGGUAUCAGGGGGGGUCUUUGGUGGAAUAUUUUGUCGAGCAAACUUUCUUUGGUCAAAGUCAUUCCGCAAAUAUUCUAUCAUUAGCAACCAUCCUGUUCUGGAACUGGGAAUAGUAGUUCUCAUCACUGCCGUUCUUCAAUAUCCCAAUCCAUUGACGAGAGAGCCGGGAGAUAUUAUCAUGAAGAAUAUACUCGUGGAUUGCCGACACCCCAAAGGCUCCUGGGUCUGUGUUCAAGAGGCCAAUGAGGACAAGAGCCAUUAUUAUGGUUGGCUCGUUUAUGGGACUAUUGUCAAGUUGAUACUUACAAUCAUCACAUUUGGCUGUAAAGUCCCUUCAGGGAUCAUUAUUCCUGCGUUGAACGCUGGCGCAUUAUUUGGUCGUCUCAUCGGUCAAGUAUGAUCACAAAUUUCUUUGAUCAAAUAUUCAACUAACUCUACCCAGGCCAUCCCAGAUAUCUCUCCCGGAAUCGUCGCCAUGGUAGGCUCAGCCGCCUUCCUCGCCGGCGUCUCACGAAUGACCGUCUCCCUCGCCGUAAUAAUGUUCGAGCUCACAGGAGAAGUAGACUACAUCCCCCCCUUCAUGAUCGCCAUCCUGGUGGCAAAAUGGGUCGCCGACAGUCUCAGUAGCGAAAGUGUCUACGACCUCGCGCAAAACGUUCUCGGCCACCCAUUCCUUGACCACGACUACGCCCUCAGCAUCGUCCGCGCAAAAGGACAUCUCGUAGAAUCUCUCAUCCCCCCUCCACAAACCAUGCGCGAAAUCACCGUCGAAAUCAAUUCCCACGGCCUCGUCGCUGAAUCUCUCCUCAAGCUCAAACUUGGACAACUGAAAGCGAGGGGCUUGAUGGAUGCGGGACUAGUACUCGUUGAUGAGAAGGGCAUGCUACAAGGCUACAUCGCUCAAGGAGAGCUGGAAUUCGCGCUUUUGACCGAGGGGGUUUUAGAAGGAGAGGAGGUGGAUGUGUUGCAUGGUCCGAUUAGGGCGUUUGUGGAUCGCACGCCGGUUAUGUGUACGGCGGUGGCGCCGAUAGAGUUUGCGGUGGAGAUGUUUACCGGGCUGGGAUUGAGGUAUCUUGUUGUGGUUGAGGAGGGGAGUUGUAGGGUUCUGGGGUUGAUUAUUAAGAAGAGGUUGGUGCUUUAUUUGGAGGGGUUGAGGGGGGAUUGA